ACAGCUAAUUUCGCUCCAUCACAUCUCCGUCAUCGUCCUCAUCCCCAAAUGCUCCACAUCCCCCUGACCAAUUCCGUCCGCCUACCAAUCUUCCAUGUGGCAAUUUCUCCCCUUCUUCUCCCACACCUUUUUACUUCUUUACUUCUUCCAUUUAUGGCUCCUCGAUGGCUGAGUAGAAGCUCAAGCGCCCGCGCCCACAAAAGAUAGCCGAAAAGACGCAGAACUGUCCCAAUUCCAUCAAUGGCUUUCGCUCACAAGAUCGCCAAACCCUUGCGCCCUCGGUUCAUCAAUCACCGCCCCACCCUCACCUCCUCAGCCCCCUUAUCCCUCGCCGAACCGGUUGCUGCUUCGCCGAUCUCGGCGAAGAAAUCGGCCCCGAAAUUGGAUUUAGAGGACACCGAGCGGCUUUUUGCGACGGUGAAAACGGGGGAGCUGGUGCGAUCGCUGGCUGUGCUGUAUCCGAUGGCGAUGGGUACGGUGGUGGAUGUGGGGAUGGCGGUGAUGCGAUCGAAGGUGGUGGAGGAGAACUGGGCGGCGAGGAUGGCGGUGAUGGGAGCGGUGAGGAGAACGGUUUAUCGGCAGUUCUGCGCCGGGGAAAAUGGGGAGGAGGCCGCGCGGACGCUGAGGGCGCUGUGGAAGGGAGGAAUGAGGGGGAUACUGGAUUACGGUCUCGAGGAUGCACCUGAUGGCGCCGCCUGCGAUCGAAACCUCGCCGGAUUUCUGUCGACCGUCGAUAUGACGGCGAGUCUUCCUCCCUCAUCGGUUAGCUUCGCCUGCGUGAAGAUCACUGCAAUAUCCCCAAUCAACCUUCUCGAACGUCUCAGCGAUCUGCUCCGAUGGGAAAGAAAAGAUCCAUCUUUUCACCUUCCAUGGAAGAAUCCAUCUCUCCCUAUCUUCUCGGACACCAGUCCUUUCUACCACACUCCCGCAGCUCCAGCCCCUCUAACCCUAGAAGAAGAACGCGAGCUCCAUCUAUCCCACAAGCGACUCGCAACUCUCUGCCACCGUUGCUCCGCGGCCAAUCUCCCCCUCCUCGUCGACGCCGAGUACACAUCAGUCCAGCCAGCAAUCGACCACUUCGUCUACGCCGCCGCACUAGAGUUCAACAAAGAUGAGCGGCCGAUCAUCUACGGCACGAUCCAGACGUAUCUGAAGGAUUCAAAGGAGAGACUUUUUCAGGCGGUGGAGGCGGCGGAGAUGGCCGGAAUCUCUAUCGGAUUCAAGUUGGUCAGAGGUGCUUAUUUGUCUAGGGAGAUUGCGCUUUCUUCCUCACUGGGCAUGGCUUCUCCGAUCCACGGGAGCAUUCAGGACACCCACAAUUGUUUCGACGAAUGUGCCGCCUUCAUGAUCGAGAAAAGCGCGAAGGGAUCGUGUUCGGCGGUGCUCGCGACGCACAAUUUAGAAUCCGGGAAGAAGGCGGCGGCGAAGGCGGAGGAGCUGGGAAUGGGGAGAGGGGAGGAGAAGUUGCAGUUUGCUCAGCUGAUGGGAAUGGCGGAUGGCUUGUCUUUGGGGCUAACGAGUGCUGGGUUUAGGGUUAGUAAGUAUCUGCCAUUUGGGCCCGUGGAGCAGGUGAUGCCUUAUUUACUGAGGAGAGCAGAGGAAAACAGAGGUUUUUUUUCUACUUCAUCCAUUGACAGAGAGCUCAUGAGUAAGGAGCUGAGGAGAAGGCUGAGGGUUAAGGUGUUUGGAAGAUAGUUGCACCAGAAUUAGCCCAAGAAAAUAGAGCAUUGAAAGAGGAAACAAAUUUUGGAAGAUUUGCAGG